AACUUAAUUGUCUCCAAACACAAAACUCACAUUUUUACAAACACCCCAAAAGUACCUCAAAAUACACAAAAACACCCUAAAGGUUACAUCCCCUGAUAGCCCUGAUCUGGAUGACCAACAUAUCCAAAAAUCACCCAGGUCAGUUCAGGAAUUUCCUGGAAGUCAUUUAUUUGACCGACCGCAGGCAUGGUCCCAUGCCCAAAACAGUUCCAGAGAAUCAGGGCUUGCGGCCGGUCUAGUUCGGUAGUUUGAAAACGAACAAACUACCGAACAGCAUCAAUAGUUUUACCCUGGAGCUUGUUCUCCUCAUCCAGACAAACGAUUUCACCGAACAGUGCCCUUCUAAGUUGUAUAGAACCGAAAGCAGGCGAAGUCCAGCUGUGUUCAAGAGUUUCUGUGUCCGAUUUUAGUUCCAUGAGAUUCAUGCCCAAACACUGCUGCCUGAGUUCAUGUGAACAAGAUGGCUGCCACCUUGUAGUUGUACAUAGGAAUUGUGGCCACCUAGAUGAACAAUUGGAACACUGCGGUGAGAAAAGUUCUAAGUUGUUAAUAGGUGUUAACAAGCUCCAGGGUGGUCUCUGGUUUGUGCGGUUGUUCGGUAACUGAACCAUAUAAUCCCAAUUGUACGAACGGAGACUUUAACAUUAUAUUUCACAGGGUCCAUAGUCUGUGGGCAGGAGGCUGGCAAGCAGGCUCCUCCAGGAGCUUGUGGCAAACUCAUGUGAAAAGGGGAGUUUGUAACACCCUCCCUUCCCUUUUGUCUCGCCUUUUCACACCCUGCCUUGAAUCCCUCCCCAUUACUCCUUUUCCCUGUGCUUUUGUCCUUUUCACACUUUCCCACAGUCCUCCAUUUUACAGCAUUCCUGUUGUUUACUUUCUGUGCCAGGCUGGUGCUCACUUGUGCGGCUCUGCGUAUCUGGGGAUGUGAGGCCAUUUCAUGUUCCUGCCUCUCAUCCUUGACACACAGCUUCAAGCAGUAAAGUUGAGGAAGAGAACUUUCUGACUUAACGGGACCUGUGUCGAUGCGUUUCCCUUGGCUGACUGUGGUGAUGAAAUUUCCUUUGAAGGCAGGCGCACGUGCUCUGUUAUUACUACAUAUUAUAUUGUAUGCUACGGGCCAGUGUCUUGCAUUUGCUGGCCGGAUUUGACCUCCAGACCUGAGGUUGUGUAACCCUAGUAUAACGUUUGCAAUUUUUAGGUGACUUUUUUAAUUAGUUUAUUAAAGCCAAUCUGUCACUCUUCAGUAUUCCAGAUCCAGAUCUAUUCUCUGUAAUCUAAUUGAAAUUCCAACACAAUCUAAAUAUACCAUAAGAGAAAGUAGGCACUACUUUGUUUUAUGUAGAGCCGGAGUUUGACAAAAAGCAGUGCUUCGUAGUCAACGUUCGUGAAAUCCCAGCAGUCGUCACAAAUAACCACUGUGGGAUUCAGACUCUAUCUAAGGAGAAUCUCACAGUCUCUUGGGAUCUUCUGUAGUCCUCAGUAUUUUACUUUCGCCCAUGUGCAAGAGUACAACACUGACAUGGCCAAAAAGGACAGCAGUGUCAACAUGGCGUCAGCCCUGACGAAUUGCCUGAGAUGAGUAAAACAUUGUCCCCUGCAUCCACAUUGUAUCAGUUUUGGGGGUCUUCAAAAAAUAAAGACUCUCAAAAUUGUCAGAUCUCCUUGAAAUAAUUUUGCUAGUGUUUCAACUAUAAAGGUAUCUAUUUUACUAAACUGUUUGGAUUUCAAAGUGAAUUUCACACUUUAGUCCAAAUUUAAAGAAUAUUGCUAUCUGUUAUAUUUUCAGUUUUGCUGCUUUGACAUAAAGUUAGACAUUCACUCUGAUUACUUGACAGAGUCCAUUCUUAGUACUUGGUCAGAAUAGUUUGUGUCACUUUAAAGGGACAGUAAAACCUGUAUUUAUUUCCUGAAAUCAAUGUGCACUCUGUUGAACUUCAAGGCUGUCCCAAACUGUUAUAGGUCAACUGCUGAAAUGUAAGUGCCAUCAUGAAGAAUGCAGGCAGACUGUCAUAAAUAUUGUAUUAAAGACAUUGGGUCCUCACCAUGCUACCAUGCAAUUGGAGACAGCUUCCCUUAAAGGAUCACUAUAGGGUCAGGAACACAAACAUGUAUUCCUGACCCUAUAGUGUUAACACCACCAUCUAGCCCCUCUGGGCCCCUUAUGCCUCCAUAAAAAUAGCAAAAUCUUAUUGUAUUCAAGCUUGAAGCUGUAAUUCUGCAUGCUGUAAGACUCAGAAAAACAAGCAGUCUGCUGACAUCAUUAGAAGUGGUAGCCUGGUCCAAUCACAAUGCUUCCCCAUAGGAUUGGCUGAGACUGACAAAGAGGCAGAACAGGGGCAGAGCCAGCAUGAUUCAAACACAGCCCUGGCCAAUCCGCAUCACCUCAUAGGAGGAAGGUUCUGUGUCUGCAUGCAGAGGUAGGAGAUACUGAUAUGCUGUGAUGCAUUUUAGGCAUCAAUGACCCAUGACGGAUUUCUAACAGCCAUCUAAGGAAUGGCCAGUGAAGUUAUCACUAGGCUGUAAUGUAAACACUGCAUUUUCUCUGAAAAGACUGUGUUUACAGCAAAAAGCCUGAAGGUAAUGAUUCUACUCACCAGAACAAAUUCAGUAAGCUAUAGUUGUUCUGGUGACUAUAGUGUCCCUUUAAAUGGAGCUCUGGUUGAAUUUAAGCCAUGUGGUACAUUUUAUGCUAUAUUAUUUAAUGUGUGUGUGUGUUUUCUCUUGCAGAGAGAUAUGUAAGGUAUUUUAGGACUUUAAAGGGAAACCAUAGUGCCAGGAAAACAAACUUGUUUUCCUGGCACAGUAGCUUCCCCUUCUGUCAAGCCCAAAAGUUCUUAUGGUUCCAGGUGGUUGCUAGCACUGUCUCACCUUAAGGGAUUAAGCUGUUCUCAAAUGGUUUAACCCCAAAGUCUGAAUCUCCCUGCCUCUUUGUCAUUUAGUUUUUUUUUUUUCAAAAUUGGUAAAAGUCUCUUGCAGAAUCGGGCAGCAACGCUGUUGAUUAGCUGAGAGCGGUCAGCUGGCGCUCUCAGCCAAUCAGUAAUUCCCCAUUCAUCAAAAUGUCUUGAAAAAGAAACUUAUCUCAAGGUAAACCAGCGCCAGAGACCUCCUGGCACCAUAACAACUUCAUUUGAAGUUUUUAUGGUUCCCAGAGUGUUCCUUUAGUAGAUAGAUUUGCAACCACAUACAAAAAUAUAUUUGGCUAUAAAUUGCAUUGAAAUUUGAAGAGCUUUGUAAUUUGCUUUAAAAUUUUGAAGAGCUUUGUAAACUAGACCUGUAGUUUAGUAAAUAAGGGGUUGGAGUGGGCACUGUAAAUGAUUCUGUACUGAAUGGAUGAUGCUUUCUAUAUGUCUUCUAUAGAUGGGAAACCAUUUGGUCUGCAGAACCCACAAGGGUAAAUUCCCCUCAGGCUCGUCAGUUCAAACCAUGCAUUAAAGAAAUCAAUUUUCCAACGAACCUUCUCCGUCUGGAGACAAAUAGUUCUCUUUUGGACUACUACACCGAACUGGAUGCAGUGGAAUUGCAUGGUGUCAAAGAGAAACCAAUGCAUUCUAUUAAAACAACCACUGUUGAUAUGAGCGAUUCGGAUGAGGACGAAUAUGAGGAUAAAGAUAGCUGUGGCCUUGACUGCCUUACUAAUCAGUUCAGUAGCACCAGUCUUAGAGAAUGGACCGAUAAUGGCUAUUUUGACAAACUGCCUUACGAGGUAAGCAUACAUAUUGACUUGUUUCGGUUUGGAAGGGGAAAUAUCAUUAAACAUUUGUAAUGCAUGAUCUUAUUACUGUUAAAUCUAAAAAUAUGUAAUAUGUCACUUAUACAUAGACUGAAAAGAGAUAUGCUUCCAUGAAAGUAAGCAUUCCUCAUAUAUGUUUUUGCUGUUGAUCCAAAAUAAUGCAAAGGAAAAAAAACAGUUUGAAGCACAUUCCAAUUUUGUAACAAACUAGGAAAACUUCCUUCUUGACCCAGUACAGCAUUCAGAACAUUCCUUGUACCUAGAAGCUAUUACCCCACACACUAAAAAAUUAUAAAUAAUGUUUUUGCAACUAUUCAUCCAGUUGCUGUUUAACCAUUAGUACAGCCUCUGAUGAAACCACCUCUUCAGGCAGAAAAGUCCACAUCUUUACUGUUCUUACUGUAAAAAAAAAAUGUUUUGGCUUGUAUUGGCCCCGCUGUUUGUAUAAUGCUAUCAAAUCCCAUCUGAGGUACAGGUUUUCUAAACUAAGCAGAUUUAAAUCUGUUAACCUUUCUCAUAACUAAAAUGUUUUAUUUAUUUUGUAGCCUGCCUCUGCGCUUUUUCUAUUGUUAUAAUAUCCUUCUUUAGAACAGGUGCCCAACAUUUCACAGCAUAUUCAAGGUGUGUUCUUACUAUUGGUUUAUAAAGAAGCUAAAUGAUGUUAUCAUCCGAAGAAAUAAUGCCCCUUUUCUUACAUGACAAUACCUUACUGGCCAUAGCAACUGCUGAUUGACAUUGCAUAUUGUUGUCUAUCACAAUUCCCAUAUCCUUCUCAUGUGUUAUCCCUAUUUCACUGCAGUUUACGGUGUUUUGUUUUGCAUUAAUCAUCCACAAAGUACAUAACUUUGCAUUUCUCUACCUUACAUUUUAUCUGCCAUUUGAAUGCUCAGUCCCCUAAUCUAAAUCCCUCUGCAGCAAAGUAAUAUGCUUUGUAUUACUUUACAGAGUUUCGUGUCAUCUGCAAACACUGAAACAUGACGUUCAAUGCCUAUUUCAAAAUCUAUAUACCUAUAUUAUUUAAAAAAAAAAAAAAAAAUGUAUAUGUUAAAUAGAAACAGUCCCAGAAGAAAACCCUGAGGGACACCACUUUUAUCCAGCUUGAAAAUUUACCAUUAAUAACAACUCUCUAUACUCUAUCUUCAAGUCAAUGUUCUACCCAAGAACAAGAAUUUUCAUCUAGACCAAUUUCUUUUAAUUAAACAGUUACCUAUUGUGUAGAAAAGUAUAAAAUGUCUUGACAAAAUCCAAGCAGAUCACAUCCACUGCAACACUCUCAAAUUUGUACUUACUUCUUCGUAGAAUUGUUGUUAGUUUGACAUGCGCAGUGCCUCUUUAAGUACUUGUGGGUGAAUACUGUGAAACCUUGGGUCUUUGUUUGCAUUAACUUUCUUUUAUUGCUAUAACACCUUGUCUUAAAGGAACACUAUGGUGCCAGGAAAACGGUCGUUUUCCUGGCACUAUAGCGUUAUUAGGUUCCCCCCUCUCACGGAUCCCCCUUCGUGCUGGGCUGAACGGGUUAAAACCCCUUCAGCCACUUACCUUAAUCCAGCGCUGGUGACCUCUCCUCCCCCUUCCGGCGUCAGCUCCAAAUCCGCAUGCGCGGCUAAAGCCGCGUGCGCAUUCAAACCACACAUAGGAAAGAAUUACUCAGUGCUUUCCUAUGGACGUCCAGUGUGAGUUCAAUGCGAUUUUUGCAUUGAGGUUCGUGGAAGUGGGCUCUAGUGGCUGUCAGGGGGAAAACGUUGCUGUGGUUCCAAGAAAGUUCCUGUAUUGAACCAAGGAGUGCCUGGACCCCCUUUAUUUUAUUGCAUUGAUCCUGGGAAUCUGGUGUUUGGUUCCGGUCACAGAAAGCACCAUGGCUCUGACUGAUGGGAGUGAGUGCAGUUCCAUACUUUUUUCAAAGGGACGAGAUUGUAGACCUACACAAGGCUGGAAUGGGCUACAAGACCAUCGCCAAGAAGCUUGUUGAGAAGGUGACAAUAGUUGGUGUGAUUAUUCACAAAUGGAAGAAACCCAAAAUAACUGUCAUUCUCCCUUGGUCUCUUCGUGGAGUUUCAAUGAUCAUGAGAACAGUGAGGAAUCGGCCCAGAACUACAUGGGAGGAUCUUGUUAAUGAUCUCAAGGCAGCUGGAACCAUAGUCACCAAGAAAACAAUUGGUAACACACUACACCGUGAAGGACUGAAACCCUGCAGCGCCCUGCAAGGCUCAAGAAAGGCAAUGAACAUCUGAAUGAUUCAAAGGAGAACUGGGUGAAAGUGUUCUGGUGGUAAGAUGAGACCAAAAUCGAGCUCUUUGGCAUUAACUCAACUUGCCGUGUUUGGGGGAGGAGGAAUGCUGUCUAUGACCCCAAGAACACCAUCCCCACCGUCAAACUUGGAGGUGGAAACAUUAUGCUUUGGGGGUGUUUUAAUGCUAAGGUAACAGGACAACUGUACCGCAUCAAAGGGACGAUGGGUGGGGCCAUGUACCGUCAAAUCUUGGGUGAGAACCUCCUUCCCUCAGCUAGGACAUUGAAAAUGGUUCGUGGAUGGGUAUUCCAGCAUGACAAUGACCCAAAACACACAGCUAAGGAAACAAAAGAGUAGCUCAAGAAGAAGCACAUUAAGGUCUUGGAGUCGCCUAGCCAGUCUGCAGACCUUAAUCCCAUAGAAAAUCUGUGGAGUGAGCUGAAGAUUCAAAUUGCCAAACCUCAACCUCGAAACCUUAAUGACUUGGAGAAGAUGUGCAAAGAGGAGUGGGACAAAUCCCUCCUGAGAUGUGUGCAAACCUGGUGGCCAACUACAAGAAACGUUUGACCUCUAUGACAUGGCAAAUCAAAUCUAUGGCAAAUCAAUUUGUAAAUUAAAAUACACUUACUAUUAAAAUUAUAGACUGAUCAUUUCUUUGUCAGUGGACAAACGUUAAAAAUCAGCAGGGGAUCAAAUACUUUUCCCCUGCUGUAUUUAUCGGCUCACACAGUACAGUCACUCAGACUGCCACUAGAGGUGCUUCCUAGUCCAGUGUGCAGACACGAAAAGUACAGAUUUCAACAGAAAUUGUCGUUUCUAUGAAUUAACUUUGUUCUAUCCCAAUGUUGUUACUGCCUGAUUGUAUAGCUCAGCGGAGGCAGGCAAUUACCCAUAGCAGCUGCUUUUUUAACCCCUUAAGGACACAUGACAUGUGUGACAUGUCAUGAUUCCCUUUUAUUCCAGAAGUUUGGUCCUUAAGGGGUUAAACACUUCAUUGAGUUAGAUUGGACAGCCACAGAAAGGCUGCAGAUGACAUAUCUGCAUGUUUUGUAUGCUGUUUUACUUAAACUGCAAUGAAAACUUGCAUAAUUUAAUUAUUUUUGGGUAAUAUUUACUAAGCAUUAGUUCUUAUAUAUGGGACAUCUUAGUGCUACCUUGGGUUACAGUUGAGUGUGGUGUUUGUCAAUAACUAAAUAAAUGAGAGCUAGGUGCAAUGGGGACAUUUCCCCAAGCCUAGUUUCUUAGGUUUUCCACUGACCAAAAGCUCUGACCAUAUCAUUCUGUUUUACCUUGGUGUUUUGUUCCACAUAGGGAGCAAAUAACUAUAUAUUGUGUGUAAUACAACAUUUUGUAGAUGUCUGGCUUACGGUUAAAAUACGAGAGGCUACUAAAAUCUUCAUGGGCAUAUGACCCUAUCGUGAGCAUGUGUUUUUUCAAUGUGAAGUUUGAGACUGUAAAAUUGGAACAAUUCCAAUUAUCUCUUGACAACAUAUCCAUUAAGUUUCGAUUCCGAAGCAAAACGAUAUGCAUGGGUACGGAAGCCACUCAUUAUGUGAAGGACGCUAUUACAUGUGCUGUAACACAAGCUUCAUUUUGGCUACAUACAGUUGAUAAUGUUGUCAUUCAUAGUGUAGUGAUGGAUAAACAUUGGUGUCAAUUUAAGGAGAGAGAGUUGUUAUGGGAGAUUUGAGUCUUCCAUUAUACUCAUGUUACAUGUUUUAGCCGUGACAUACUAGAUUCUUCAGACUGUAUCACCAAAGCAACAAAUGCAACAGAUAAUACUUACAAACGGUAACUGUUUAUGAAGGAAGAUUAACCUGCUGGUAUGGUUACACAGUAAACCUGUCUAUUCCGUCUUGAUGCACUUUUGUUGUUGUGUUUUUUGUUUUUUUUUUGGGUUUUUUUCUCGAACUUGUUUUCAGGACCAUCCAGCAGUUUUAGUAUUUAUUCCUUAUGAUUACAGAUGACUCUUUGAUUCGCACAGGUGGACUUUACAAAAUGACUGACUAAACUGUGAGGAUAUUGGAGAACUCGCACUAUAGAAGCACUGUCUUCUAUAUGACCUUGAGAAACUCCCAUGAUAAAGGAUGGUAACUAAGAAUGUUCACCCGUGAACAGUAGACCAGACAUUAAGUAACACAAAAAGAACCCUUUUUUUUUACAAUUCUGCCAUGGUAAAAGAAUGCACCCUAUGUUAACCAUACAAUCAGAAAGAGUAGUAAGUAUGCUUAGAAGCAUAGAUUUUGACAGGCGAUAAAAAUCAGUUGGCCCCCUAAAACACAUUUCCUUCAUUAUUUGUUUCCUGUUCAGGACUUCAGAAUGUCUCCCUCUACCACUCUUUAGUCCCUACCAAUUCUUUGUAUGUAAAAUGGCACCUUUUUAUACUUUUGUUACAAAAUUGUAAUACUAUGUGCUUCAUGGACAGGCUCGUUAGGGACCCGCUUGGGUUACAGGAGCCAAGGAUGCAGACUUGAGUGCAAGGGCCUAGCCCAGAACAACCACUCGCUGAAGGCUUGUAUCCCAUAUGUGUCUGUGGACUCAUUCUAUGCACCUGUGCAGCAUACACACCCACAAAAGGAACAUGAACACAAUCAAAAAAGCUAGCAAUAAGACCUGACACUGGUAGUAAAAAGUGAGGAUUUAGUUAUAUUUAAUGCAGUGAGAUGGAAAGCUUGCUGCCAUGUCAUGAUAUAAGCAAGUCCUAACUCGAAACUCAAACUAAUAAACCAAUAGCUAAAGCAGAAUAUAAAACGGCUUCCCUGAAAAAAAGGUUGCUGUAUCUCUUGUACAGAGGGAACCUGCUAGCAUUUUGGAUCUUUACUGCCAUUAUGAGUUGGAUCGGUCUGAUCUGCAAAUGGUACAGGUUCUCUCUGUAAUGGUACACGUGAACAAAAAAUGUGUUUGAUGCCUGAGUGGGGACUAACCAAAGGGCAAGAUAGGGAUUGAUGUCACUAGAGGAAGGUUCAGGCAUCGGAGAAGUGACAGUUCCUGUGUGUAUAUCUAUAUAUAUAUUAUAUAUAUCUCUCUGAAGGACCCUUAUAAUUAUUUAUCAUACUAAUACAGCAUAUUUGCAAAGGAAAUGUUCGAGUACAUUUUUGUUUCCUGUGUGAUUUUGUUGUUUUGUUUUUGCUUAUUUAAUUUAACCACCACUUAAGUUUGCCCAAUUCUAUAAUGGCAUUCAGAUAGCAGCACAGAGUCACAUAUUCUCAGGUUCACUGCUAUUAAAAAUGCAUACAACCAAUACUAUUUAUAUCCAAAGUACUUACGUAACAAGAACUUGCCCUGAGCUUCCCUAAAAUAGGAAGUGGCACAAUUCUUCUGUUUGUUUUUACUCAUUUGGAAAGAAAAUGUUUGAAGAAAGCUACUCCUUUAUUUAAGCAUGGUUCUUACUGGAACGUCACAUUGCUAUUAAAUGUAAAUACUUCCUAUCUUUUCAGCAUUAAAUGAGCACUGACAUAAUUUUUUUAAAAAUGUUUUUAGAUAUAUUCUGUUUAUGUUUAUUUUUUGUCAGUUUCCCUGGACUGAGCAGCAAUGUUGAGAAACCUGGGUCAGAAUUUGGCCAUUAUCAAACCCAUUUUCACUUUUUUUUUUUUUUUUUUUACCAUUGUUUGCUUCUUUCCAGACCGAGCAUUUUUUUGUUAGUCUGGCAAUUACACAGUUGAAUAAAACAUUCAAAAUCACCUGUAACUUGAGUUAACCUUUUUUCCAUGUGAUGCUGCGUUUUAUUUUAAAAAUGCAUACUACAGAUUUUGCAAGUCACAUUCCAGUUCAUUUAGGCACAGACAGGGCACACAAUGCAAACUAGGGGAAGAAUGUUUCCGCAUCUCUUCUUCCACUUACUAUUGUCAAUGGCAGAAAAAAGCAACAUUUAGGGUUAUGAUGGCCAGGGAGCCAAAAUGGGAUAGAAGUAUGUAUUUCUACUUUUAAUUUUAUUUUUCAAAUCUCACAAAAACAUAUCUGCUAAAUUAGAUGUGUAUUCUAAUCUAUACAUUUGCUAGCAAAACUGCCAGCACAGUGUGUAGAUAAAAUCUCAUGCUCAAACUGAGCAUAUGUGGUUUGGGCAUGACAGGUGCCCUUUAAGUAGUGAAUGGUCUGGGUGGGGUGGAUGCUAGCACCUUGUUUAUUGUAAGCUUCCUUUGUAAAGGUCCUCUUUGCCUUAUUCAUUGUUCUUCUGUUAAUUACCGCAUAUCUCCCAUUGUAAAAUUGCAAAGCUGGGAAAUGUUGUUGCUAUUUUAGUGCUAAUUAUAAUAUUGCGUUUUAUUUUUCCAAGAUUUGUUUCCUAUUUUUGCAGUUAAAAAGCACUUUAAAAAUGUUAUAUAUUUUUUUUUUUUUUCAGCUAAUUCAGUUAAUCAUAAGCCACCUAGCACUUCCAGAUCUGUGCCGACUCGCACAGACCUGCAAACUCCUGUAUCAGCAUUGCUGUGAUCCUCUGCAAUAUAUUCAUCUUAGUUUACAGCCUUAUUGGGCCAGUCUGAACGAUACAUCACUUGAGUACUUGCUGCCACGAUGCACCCUUGUCCAGUGGCUGAAUUUAUCUUGGACCGGUAAUAGGGGUUUUAUCUCUACCUCAGGAUUCAGCAGGUAAAUUGUAUUUUAAAUUGAUAUUUACAUUGAGACAUUGUUAUCCUCAAUUGCGCAGAGAUACACUUUCAUUGUAUUUAUUUUUAAUUUCAACAAACUUAGCACAUAUAGGAUUUAAUCCCUUUGCUGCCAUAAAUGUAAUAUUGCCCCAGCCAGCGUCAUUGGGUGUCAUUAGCCAGCCCAAGUUACAAUUAGUGGGCCUUAGUGAUUAUAAUGGUUGGAGUAACCCUUUAACCCCUUAAGGACCAAACUUCUGGAAUAAAAGGGAAUCAUGACAUGUCACAUGUCAUGUGUCCUUAAGGGGUUAAAGUCUUCUCUGUGUACUUAGUACAUAUUUAUUAGUAUGGUAAAAUCUACUUCAAAUCCAAUUACAAGCAUUAUGGCAAUAUGUUAUGUGUGUCUGGUAAAGUGUCCGUGGCUGUGGAAGCUUCCAUUAUCUCCACUAAGCUAAGCCUUGCUGUGCUACGCAUAUUAACAGGCGUAUCAGAGCAUCUACUGAGUGCUUUCAACCAGUGACCAUGGCCGUGCACAGCCGAGGCUCAGUGGUAUGAGCUUCCUGAACCAGGGCCUUCGGCACUCACCAGACUGGAUCUUAAAACCGUUGUCAACCAUUCUUAAUGAGUUUGCUUACUUUGGGUGGAGUACCAUGGCACUCCUAGCAACAUAAGUAAUACUAAUUGUUAAAGGAAUACUCAAAGGGGUUAUGGUGCUCUGAGUAUUCCUUUAACAAAAUCCCCUCACAGAAGAUGGUUUCUGGGACAAAUAUACCAUAGGAAGCAUAACGAGUAGAUUCAAACAGGAAUAAUCACAGGACAAUUGCAAGUGGUGGAAAUUAACACAACAAAAGAUGUCACUUUUAGAUUAUUUUAGAACUCUUUAAUGCAUGCAGAUUUCAAACUACAAAUAAGGCACUUUUCAGAUCACUUUGAUAAAUUUCCAUUUUAGUACUUUGCAUAAAAUGUAUUAAUUGGUGUCCAGCAGCACCUUCAUGAAGUAUGUCCUGCUGCCAUUCUUUAAAAUGUCACACUGAACUUUGAAGCAUAACACUACACUAGACAAUGUUAACUACAAAUUGAAAUAGCAGCAGAUGUCUACACAUUAUGGCUGGUUAAUGUUGAUGGGAAUUAACAUAGUAUAACAUACCUCCCCCUAGUUGGAAUCAACAACAAGCUUUGCUACUUUCUUCACUUUCUCUUCACUUUACUCCAGUUUUAGUGCCACCUUUUUUAUAGUUCUUAAAUUCAUAUAAUAAAAAAAUCAUAAUAUAAAAGGAACAUUGCUGGAAACGAAUUUUGAAUGUGUAUGGAAAGUUGUGUAACUCAUUUUAGGAAUUUAGUCCUUUAAUCCUAUCCUAAGAAUCCUAUGCUGUUGUGUUAUGACCCAUCUACCAUUAAAAGAAUGUACAUUCAUAAUAACCAUAUGGUGCUUGUUGCAUAAGAAGCCAGUGCGCAAAUAAAAGCACAAAUAAUUUUAAAAAGAAAAGCAAAAAAAAAAAAACACUUUAGGACACUGACCCCCGUUAACAAAGAGGGCAGAACAUUUGAUAAGAGUCCUAACCUCAACAUCUGAGGAAAGGGAUUUAGGGGUGAUUAUUUCUGAUUAUUUCCCUCAUCUGCCCUUACAACCCAAUACAUUAUCCAACAGGCCACAUGCCAAUUUUGUGAAAAGACAACCAUCUCUUCCAUAUGUGAAAACAAGGGGCUGGCAAUACCAGGGUACUCUUUAUAUAGAAAAGACAGGGAAGGCAAGAAAGGGGGAGGGGUGGCCCUGUAUGUGAAGGAUAACAUAAAAUAUAGCCUAAUAAAAGUUAGUACGGUGAACAUAGUUAUUUUGGGUUACGUUAGAAUUUGGUAAUCACACAGUAACUCGUGUAGGUGUAAUUUAUAGGCCCCCAGGACAAAUAGAGUUAAAUAAUCUACUAGUUGAGGAAAUGGCUAAAAUGACAAUGAAGGGGGAAGUUAUCAUCAUGGGUGACUUUAAUCUCACUGAUGUGAAUUGGAAAACCAAAAUAGCUGUUUGUGUGAGGAGCACACAUAUUCUAAACUUCUUACUGGGAUUGUCUCUAAAACAAGUCGUUGAGGAGCCAACCCAUAAAGAGGCCAUACUAGAUUUAGUGUUAACAAAUGGAGAUUUGGUAUCAUAUUACUGUAGGUGAAUGUUUAGGAUCCAGUGAUCAUCAGUCAGUGUGGUUUAAUAUAAGAACAGUGACUGACUGAGUCACACCACACAAUCAAAAGUUUUAGACUUUAGAAAAACACUUUUUUCUAAAAUUACAAUAUGUGCAAAGGAGUCAUUAUCAGACUGGAGCAAUUUAAAUGGAGUCCAAGAGAAAUGGGAUUAUUUAAAAGUUGCACUGCUGAAGGCAACAGAAAAUUGCAUUAGGCUUGUCAGUAAAAUUCAAGAAACCACUCUGGUACUCCACAGAUGUGGCCAAAAUAGUAAAAAAACAAAAAGUUAGCAUUUAGUAAUUAUAAGAAUAAACAGAGUGAGGAAGACAGAAUGGUCUAUAAGAUUAGGCAGAAAGAGAAAAAUCACACACAGAAGAGAAAAUAGCACAGUCAGUAAAAAAGGGGACAAAACAUUUUUUAGAUACAUAAAUGAGAAAAGGAAAGUAAAACAAGGAUUAGUUGGAUUAAAAACAAAAGAGGGAAGGUGUGUAGAAGAGGAUAAAGGUCUAGCUGACUGCCUCAAUUAAUAUUUUUGUUCAGUAUUUACUGAUGAAAAUGAAGGAAAGGGACCUCAGUUAGAAAAAAGAACAAAUUAGUAAUUUGUUACAUGUGAGUUUACAGAGGAAGAGGUUCUAUUUCAACGGUCAAAAGUAAAGAUAAAUAAGUCAAUGGGACCUGAUGGAAUACACCCAAAGUUGUUUAAAAGCGCUUAACAACUAGCAAAACCAUUAACAGAUUUAUUUAACCAAUCAUUGUUAACAGGAGUAGUCCCAGAAGAUUGGAAGUUAGCAAAUGUUGUGCCCAUUCACAAGAAAGGUAGUAGGGAGGAGUCGGCAACUAUAGACCAGUAAGCUUUACUUCAGUAGUGGGGAAAGUGAUGGAAACCAUGUUAAAGGAUAGGAUUGUUGAACAUCUAAAAACACAUGGAUUUCAAGAUCAGAGACAACAUGGAUUUACUUCAGGGAGAUCAUGCCAAACUAAUCUUAUUGAUUUUUUUUGAUUGGGUAACUAAAAUUAUAGAUCAGGGUGGUGCAGUAGACAUUGCUUACCUAGAUUUCAGUAAGGCUUUUGACACUGUUGCACAUAGAAGGCUUAUCAAUAAACUGCAAUCUUUGAGUUUGGAUUCCAAUAUUGUUGAACAAGUAAGGCAGUGGCUGAGUGACAGGUAACAGAGGAUUGUAGUCUAUGGAGUAUAUUCGAAGCUUGGGCUUGUUACCAGUGGGGUAGCUCAGGGAUCUGUACUUGGACCCAUUCUCUUUAAUAUUUUUAUUAGUGAUAUUGCAGAAGGUCUUGAUGGUAAGGUAUGUCUUUUUGCUGAUGAUCCUAAGAUAUGUAACAGGGUUGAUGUUCCAGGAAGGAUAAGCCAAAUGGCAAAUGAUUUAGGUAAACUAGAAAAAUGGUCAGAGUUGUGUCAACUGACAUUUAAUGUGGAUAAGUGCAAGAUAAUGCAUCUUGGAUGUAAAAACCCAAGGGCAGAGUACAGAAUAUUUGAUAGAGUUCUAACCUCAACAUAUGAGGAAAGGGAUUUAGGGGUGAUUAUUUCUGAUGACUUAAAGGUAGGCAGACAAUAGAGCAGCAGGAAAUGCUAGCAGAAUGCUUGGUUGUAUAGGGAGAGGUAUUAGCAGUAGAAAGAGGGAAGUGCUCAUGCCAUUGUACAGAACACUGGUGAGACCUUACUUGGAGCAUUGUACGCAGUACUGGAGACCGUAUCUCCACAAGGAUAAUGAUACUUUUAGAGAGAGUUCAGAGAUGGGCUACUAAACUGGUUCAUGGAUUGCAGGACAAAACGUACAAGGAAAGCUUAAAGGAACUCAACAUGUAUAGCUUGGAGGAAAGACGAGACAGGGAGGAUAUGAUAAAUACCUUUAAAUACAUAAAGGGAAUCAACACAGUAAAGGAGGAGGCAAUAUUUAAAAGAAGAAAAACUACCACAACAAGAGGGCAUGGUCUUAAAUUAGAGGGGCAAAGGUUUAAAAAUAUCAGGACGUAUUAUUUUACUUAGAGGGUAGUGGAUGCAUGGAAUAGCCUUCUAGAUGAAGUGGUAGAGGUUAACACAAUAAAGGAGUUUACUCUGCGUGGGGUAGGCAUAAGGCUAUCCUAACUAUAAGAUAAGGCCAGGGACUAAUGAAAAAUUAGACAGACUAGAUGGGCCGAAUGGUUCUUAUCUGCCGUCACAUUUUAUGUUUCUAUGGCUGCACUCACCUACACAUGCAUAAAUAGGGUGCUGCUGGGAAUCAAUAGGUACAAUAAAAAUGGAAAUCCAGCGCACUUUCUUAUCUACUAAACAGCAACUUUGGUGCUGACAGAUUUUGUUAGUCUGUCGGCACCAAAGUUGCUGUUUAGUAGAUAAGGAAGUGUGCUGGAUUUUCAUUUGUUUAGUAGAUAAGGAAGUGCGCUGGAUUUUAAUUUUUAUUGUACUUAUUGAUUCCCAGCAGCACCCUAUUUAUGCAUGUUUAGGUGAGUGCAGCCAGCCCCUUGUGUUUUUAUAUAUAUAUAUAUAUUUUUUAUAUUUUUAGGAAUCUAGCCAGCUCCUUGGUUUUGCGCCCCUCCCUGUCACAGGUGCCUCAUCCCAGGGCCCUAUUUAGCCUUGUACUGCAGAGAACUCAAGAUGGAAGGAUUUCCCCAAGCAAGUAGCUCAUUUAGCAGACAUUUGGCUGUUAGAGUAGGACCUGCCAAAGAUGGGGUACAUUGAUGUUGUGGCAGGCUUAUGCAAUGUAUGAUCAUAUAAUGUAACUAAACCCACAUUAUUUUUUGCCUAGAUUAGGUGUUUUAAAAAAACUAACAAUCUGUCAGCACCAAAGUUGCUGUGUAGUAGAUAAGGGAGUGCGCUGGAUUCUCAUUUUUUUUUCUCUUCAAUAUGUGCCUCUAAAUAUAGUAACCUUAAAUUCAAAUUUUUGGGGGAUUGCAGUCGCGAGAAUGUAUUUACAAACAUUAUAAGACAUUUCAAGAAAAUGCCAGCUUUGCAAUCCACUGAAGCCCCUAAGGCUACUUUAAAAAUAUUCAGCUGUUUGAUUACUAUUGCAGGAUAUCUUGUCUUGUGCAGUUCCGAAAUUUACACAAGUAAGUUUGGGAUUGCUAUAUCAUUCCAAGCAUGUAACCUUGGUGAUGCUCCUGUACACCGCCAGGGGCAAUGACAUAAUAAUUAAAAAUCACAUCAGUCUUUAAAGCGUUUUCUAAUGGGGAUUAUGAUUUAAUAGAGGUUUUUUUUGGAAAACGGUUACCAUUUUCAAACCUUGAUAUCCUCUAGCAAAGUAGUUUUACAUGCUAUUUUUUUAUGAAAAGCAAGCAUUGUAAUAUGGAGAAACAGGAGACCGCUCCGGGCAUGUAAAUAUCCAGAGGCAAGACUGAAGGUAAUUUAAUUUAUUGAUGAUGUUAGUUGUUGGUAGGUUAUAUCUCAGUUGGCAUGAAUAUAUACCCAACUGUAAUCAUAGCUGAGCAGAUAGUUUUGACAUUGACAGAGCUUCAAUAUUGCUUCCUUUUUUAGUCCUUGUUGCUGAACGGUGGAUGUUAAAAUGAUUAAUAAACAAUAUUUCAGAUUGUCAAUUAGCAGCAAUGUAAAUUACAUUGCAGUACUAUCAGAGAACCAAUCAUUAUUUAAAACAUUAUAAAACUAAUGCAGAACCUUAUUUCACACUUGUACUGAUUGUCCAUUUUGUUCUUCUGUUUGAACAUCAGUUUUACUGAUGUUUCUCUGAAGUACUGUCCCGUAUGCCAUUCAUUUGUUUUUUUGGUUGAGGAGAGGACUGUUGUAGAAAUAUGAUUUUAUUUGUGGCUACCUUGCUAAAAUAUUAAAAUAACUACAUGGAAAGCAUUUUUAAAAAUGUUAUUUCUAAUAAAAAAUAUUAUGUUCACAAUGUGUCAGUUAUUGUUUUCUCAAUUAAAUCUUGAUGGUUCUAAAUUUAUCAUACACCUUUCAAAAACACAAACCUUUUUGACUAAGAACAUCAUUUCCCAGGUUCAGUGCAAAUUCCACAGAGCUCCCUGUCUGGACUCUAUAGCUAGCCUAUACAGGCUGUUUUAUUCAGAUUAAGAGAGUUGGCACUUACCUGUUACCACGAGGGGAAGGUGGGGGGAGAUAACUUAAAGAAUAAGACUGGCUAUGCUGAGGUUUCCCAUGACAAUAACAACCAUGAAGUCUCAAAAUGACGACGGCACUAGAGUCUCAGUCAGACUCUGCAGACUAUGACUCUGACAUGUAGAAUAUAGUUAUGAUGGAUAAGAAAUCAUGAAGAAGGUAAGGCUAACAGGCCAAAAAGGGGGGAUGUCUUUGACAUUCUGGCCAACAUUCUCGAGCUGGUUAAGGAGGAAAUCCAAGCUACUUAUUGGAAGAGCAUAUCCUGGAGAUUUGUAAUAAAAUCUUCACCACUGUCAUCAAGCUGCAAAAACCACCGGAAUCCCAAAAACCACCGCCCAGCUCUGCAUAUAAACUGCCUAGGCAAAAGAUGUAGACAAACCUUUCUCAAUAUCUUUGAAUCUGUUGAUGUAGGUGAAUUACAUCAUUUCGUUUGGUUCUAAUUAACUAUCAAACAGGCCAACGCACUGGCUAUUGACGCAGUGUGCAGGAUGUCUAGAUCUCCUUUUUUUACAAAUACUGUACCAAUGUAUGUUAUACAUGUUCAGUUGUUUUCUGAUAAAAUUUACAUUUUAACACGCAGUCAAGCAAAAAUUGCCACAAAACCUUGGUGAUCAACAAAUGUAUUUCUUCCGGAAUCUAAGCCUCUCUACCUUACCUCACAAAAAUUCUCUAGGAAACUGGAAUUGAAUAUUGGUGGCGCCUAACUCUUAAUGUUACUAAAAAAAGAACAUGGAUUAAACUUACCUCUACCUCAGUCUUCUUCGGGCUUGGGCCAAUGACCCUGGUUCACAGUCAGAAUUGCCAGUUUUGUUAGACAUUUUUUCCAUUAAGACCUGUGUAAUAGAUUUCUUCAUAUAUUUUUGUGAUUACUGCUUUUGACUAUUUUUGUAACGCAUUAUAUCACAUUGUUUUCUACUCACCCUUGCUUGCAAUUGCCUAUUUAACCAACACCUUCCCAUUACUAUUUUCCCUUUAGCCAACUAACCCUGCUAUUUAGUGGCUAGUGAAAGCUCUUCUGAUCCAGACAGGGCAUUGUACUUAGUUUUGUACAGUCAUUUUUUGAAUAUAAGUAUGCUGUAGUUUACAGUUAAAAUACUCCUCGGUAUUACCCUCUCUGUCUUCUUCCUCACCAUCUUGGGCCAGCAGCAUAGGCUGUUUGCUUUGUGCCUCCUGCACCAUAAAGCAGUUCUUCUCCUUGCUCUCCAGUCUUCUUCGCCCUGUGCUGUGUCAUCGUCAAUCAGGUAUAUAUGGGCUAAUUCUUGCGGAGCAACUCAACUAUGCUACCAUCCAGGUUGAGGUCCAGUCCAGCCACGCCCCUUUUUUUACAUCAUUUGGGGAAGACUAUAUGUAACUGAAAAUAUAGCAAACGCAAAGUACAAAAUAAAUAUAGUGGCCGGAAGAUUCCAGUUCUGAGGAAAGGCUAGGGGAAAAGGCAUCUUAGAACGGUUUAUGCUGCGAGCUCAUAUAGGUCUUGUUGCUUCAAGAAAAAAAUCUGAUUGCUAAUUGCUACUUGUCAGUAAGAAUACUGUCCCUCUUUGUGGACAAAAUUCUAACAAUUUUCACAUAGAGACGUGCUUCACUACAUAUACCAAAUUUUGUUUCAGCAUCUGUUACAAUAAACAAUUAAAUGGACCCCUAACGUUGCAAAUAAAUGGCUUUGCAGCUAAAUUCAGAAAUUUAGCCAGUGGUUAUUGCACACAAAUGGUGCAUGGAAAAGUUAUAUAAAACAUUUCAGCAAAAUAACUUUAUGAAAAUAACUUCUUUUCAACUGAGCAGUUAUUUAGCUUUGUUUUCCCGAGGGGUGGCAGAAACAUAAAAUAACAUUUAAAGAUAAUAGGAUUAUUUUUUUUAAAUACAUUCUUGUUUUGCGUGUAUUGGAAACAUAAUUCUCUAGACUACAUGGGGUUGUUUAAUGAUUUGGCCAUUUAUCAGACACAUUUUGCAAAAAAAAAAUCUUUCUAUGACCACAAGCAAAACCUCUCUCUGCCUAUUUGAAAUUCUGUAAAUUGAACAGAAUUUAAACUUCCGUAGGGAAGUAAUCCUCUCUGUUCGACUUUAUGAUUUCGAAAUUUUAAGCAGCUUCGUGUUCGAGAUUUGCAUUGUGUAAAUCCAUGUCACCUAUCAGUUGUGAUGUUGCUGUUUUCAGACACAGUACUGCAAAGAGUUAUGUGAACAUUUAGUGCAUUUAUUAAGUACACUAAGGUGAGACUGGCUGGUUUAUCUAGAACACUUGAAAGUCUAAGGAGCGUGAUAACUUUGCGAGCAUAUUAAUUAUGAGCAGUAGAAGGUAUAUUUUACACUUUCGCUAAUGAAUUCCUUGACAGAUUUACAGUGUUUUCAUUUACAGGUUUUUGUGUAAUUUCUUUUUAGUAUAUUGCUGAAUAGACUACUUCUAAAUCAUUCACUUUUUCGUUCAUUCCACUACUUCAGUAUUAACUCUACAGGGAGUGCAGAAUUAUUAGGCAAGUUGUAUUUUUGAGGAUUAAUUUUAUUAUUGAACAACAACCAUGUUCUCAAUGAACCCAAAAAACUCAUUAAUAUCAAAGCUGAAUAUUUUUGGAAGUAGUUUUUAGUUUGUUUUUAGUUAUAGCUAUGUUAGGGGGAUAUCUGUGUGUGCAGGUGACUAUUACUGUGCAUAAUUAUUAGGCAACUUAACAAAAAACAAAUAUAUACCCAUUUCAAUUAUUUAUUAUUACCAGUGAAACCAAUAUAACAUCUCAACAUUCACAAAUAUACAUUUCUGACAUUCAAAAACAAAACAAAAACAAAUCAGUGACCAAUAUAGCCACCUUUCUUUGCAAGGACACUCAAAAGCCUGCCAUCCAUGGAUUCUGUCAGUGUUUUGAUCUGUUCACCAUCAACAUUGCGUGCAGCAGCAACCACAGCCUCCCAGACACUGUUCAGAGAGGUGUACUGUUUUCCCUCCUUGUAAAUCUCACAUUUGAUGAUGGACCACAGGUUCUCAAUGGGGUUCAGAUCAGGUGAACAAGGAGGCCAUGUCAUUAGAUUUUCUUCUUUUAUACCCUUUCUUGCCAGCCACGCUGUGGAGUACUUGGACACAUGUGAUGGAGCAUUGUCCUGCAUGAAAAUCAUGUUUUUCUUGAAGGAUGCAGACUUCUUCCUGUACCACUGCUUGAAGAAGGUGUCUUCCAGGAACUGGCAGUAGGACUGGGAGUUGAGCUUGACUCCAUCCUCAACCUGAAAAGGCCCCACAAGCUCAUCUUUGAUGAUACCAGCCCAAACCAGUACUCCACCUCCACCUUGCUGGCGUCUGAGUCGGACUGGAGCUCUCUGCCCUUUACCAAUCCAGCCACGGGCCCAUCCAUCUGGCCCAUCAAGACUCACUCUCAUUUCAUCAGUCCAUAAAACCUUAGAAAAAUCAGUCUUGAGAUAUUUCUUGGCCCAGUCUUGACGUUUCAGCUUGUGUGUCUUGUUCAGUGGUGGUCAUCUUUCAGCCUUUCUUACCUUGGCCAUGUCUCUGAGUAUUGCACACUUUGUGCUUUUGGGCACUCCAGUGAUGUUGCAGCUCUGAAAUAUGGCCAAACUGGUGGCAAGUGGCAUCGUGGCAGCUGCACGCUUGACUUUUCUCAGUUCAUGGGCAGUUAUUUUGCGCCUUGGUUUUUCCACACGCUUCUUGCGACCCUGUUGACUAUUUUGAAUGAAACGCUUGAUUGUUCGAUGAUCACGCUUCAGAAGCUUUGCAAUUUUAAGAGUGCUGCAUCCCUCUGCAAGAUAUCUCACUAUUUUUGACUUUUCUGAGCCUGUCAAGUCCUUCUUUUGACCCAUUUUGCCAAAGGAAAGGAAGUUGCCUAAUAAUUAUGCACACCUGAUAUAGGGUGUUGAUGUCAUUAGACCACACCCCUUCUCAUUACAGAGAUGCACAUCACCUAAUAUGCUUAAUUGGUAGUAGGCUUUCGAGCCUAUACAGCUUGGAGUAAGACAACAUGCAUAAAGAGGAUGAUGUGGUCAAAAUACUCAUUUGCCUAAUAAUUCUGCACUCCCUGUAUACUAGAAUGUGUUUUUCUAAUUCAAGUUAAUUCAUUAAAUAAUUAGCUUUUUCUGUAAUGUUGGUAAAAACAUGACCAUACUCUGUGUAUAAUUAGUCAUAAUUAGUAAGAUGGCAAAUCAUUUCUGAAUGGUUUGACGCUUACCCAGGUUCUCUGGUCAAGCUCUAUUCUCUGAUAUGGCUAAUGUGAAAGAACCCCAUACUGUAUUAGAUUUAUAAAUUGUGUCCCUGUUUGAACAGAAUUCAAUGGCUGCAAGCAUCAUAUUAAAAUUGUAGUAGAAAUAGGCUUUAUAUCUUGUUUCUCUUGGUUUGAUUAUUUUCAAAAUUAAAUAUACAGUAAGUACAUGUGUGUGUCAUCUCAUACGUAUAGUUUAUUAGCAUUUUAUGUAUGUUUAUUACAUUUAUAUUUGACACUAUUUAAUCUCAUAAGUGCUCGACAUGUCUUCCAUCAACGUUGCAACAUUCCUUGAACCUUUCCAGUACACUGACACACAGUAGAACACAAAUUCCAGUCCGCAUCAAUGUCUAUACGUGCUUCAGCGUUAAACUCUUUUCAUUCAUCCAUUUUCUUUGGCAAUUCCUAUGAAAAAAACAUAUUCUCUUCUACACCCUAAAAGAAAAAUCCAUUGUUAAGUCGGGUAAACGUGGCAGCCGUUCAAUGCUGCGAUGUAGUUCGAUCCAAUGCUGUGGGAUGGUGUUGUUAAGGUAGUCCCUUACUGCAAAAGUAUAAUGAGGUGGUGGCCCAUCUUGUUGCAAGAGCAUUUCUGCGAAACACCUACCACGUCACGCAACAAGUUUAGGUAAAUGUUACUAUCCACAGUUAAAUCAAAGAAAAACGGUCAUACAAAAUUGAUUCAACUAAAUACCUAGUUUUGGGCCACCAUGUAUAUUUGUACUAUACCAAGAUUCCAUAUUCACUCUCAUAGCAUGCAUGUGGCCCCAAAAACAUUGUGGAGAUAGUUUAAUUUAUGUUUUCCGUAAGAAGCUUAAUAGUACAUUGCCUUCAUUUAUUAAAAACAUGAAUGACACUGGCUACUCACAGCUUCUGUUACUUUAUUUGCACAAAUAGUAUACAUUGUUUUUUGUAUGAACAUUGACAGCCGCUAGAGGCGCUUAUAUGCUUCUCACUGUGAUUUUCACAGUGAGAAGACGCUCGCGUCCAUAGGAAAGCAUUGAGAAAUGCUUUCCUAUGGACUGAUUGAAUGCGCUCGGCUCUUGCUGCGCAUGCGCAUUCGUCGGAACAGGGAGGAGAGUCCCCAGAGCCGAGGAAACCCGGAGCUGGAGAAAGGUAUGCCUUUGACUCCUUCCAUCCCCUAAAGCCCGGCGGGAGGGGGGGUCAUGAUGGUAGGGGGGACCUAUUAACAUUAUAGUGCCAGGAAAUCGAGUUUGUUUUCCUGACACUAUAGAGAUCCUUUAAGGAGUAAGCUGGCAGGCAAACUACAGUUCUCAUGAACCACUGCUUGGAUAUGCACAAUCUUCCUAUAAAAAGUGAUGAUCACUUCAUGUUUAACUGAGAGCUUUUUUGUCACUUUCUUAGACGUGUUUAUUUCUUCUUCUUCAAAAGGCUAAUUCUCUAACGGUAAUCCAUUAAAGAGGGGAGUCAGUCCCAGCCUGGAGUAUCCCCUUAAAGUGAUUCUCCAAGUGGUUAUGGUGCUAUUAGUUCUGAUUUGUUUACCUGCAGAAAGAUGUCAAACCGUUUUAGCAUUGUUUGACAUCUUGCAUAUGUCCUGCCAGCCCCACUGCUACGUCCAGUCUUCUCCAACGGAAGAAGUCGAUGACUCUUCUGAGCAAAGCAGCACCGAUGCAUUCUCAGCCGAUGACGUUGGCAAAGCUCAUUGUCAAUUUACUGCUUAUACCCUAAAACUGUUUAACAUCUUCCUGUGGGAUAGCGCCAGGGCACUAAUGAUACCAUACCCUCUGCAGUGAUCAUGGUUGUUAGUGUGUUACUCUAAUCUAUAAUUGUUUACUAAGAACCUAAUGAAAACUAUUAAAUAUAUCUGCAUCAUAUGACCUUUGUUGUGAAAUGAGGCACAUUUCAUAUUAUGAUAUGUUUAGAUAACAGAUUAUUUAUUCCAUACUGCAGGCUGAGCAUUGCAUAAAUUAAAAUGUAAGUAGGUGUGAAUGUUCUACGUAAUUGUCAAGUUAAUGAAGAGCCUCCAUUGCAUUGCAGUUUAGUUGAUUCUUUUGACUACUACAAAGUUAUUUUUAUUAUUCUGGUUAUGUUUAUUGUGUUUAUUGGGGAUGUGAUUGGAGACCCAUAUUAUCCAUCUACUGUUUAAUUUCAGGCUUUUAAAAGUGUGUGGCUCUGAACUAGUGCGCUUGGAUUUGGCCUGUGGCCACUUCUUAAAUGAAGCAUGCCUGGAAGUCAUUGCUGAGAUGUGUCCAAACCUUCAGGAAUUAAAUCUCUCCUCUUGUGAUAAGCUGCCACCUCAGGCUUUUAUCCAUAUUUCUAAACUCUGUGGAUUAAAGCGCCUUGUUCUCUAUCGCACAAAAAUAGAGGUAAGGAUAACUUUGAUUUUGUUUUAAUCACAGAACAUGUUCUAAUCAAACAGAACAUGUAUUUAAGCCAUGUGUGUUCUUUUUUUUAAACUUAUAAAGCAGUAUUCAGACCAAAGGUAGAGUAAUGUUUCCAUUAGUUUUAUUUUUAAAUGCCUUAUUAUUUAUAUUUAAUACUGUUGGACUUUGUUUACUAAAGAAGAGAUUCAGUUGCAGACAUUUGACAAGUUGAUUUCAGAGUAUGGACCAUGUAUUAUAUAUAUAUAUAUAUAUAUAUAUAUAUAUAUAUAUAUAUAUAUAUACACAAAUACAUGAAACAGCUUGCACUCAUGGACUUGAAGUAUAGAAAAAACGCUUUAUUCAAAGCAUAUCAAACAUUCAUCACACUAUAUAUAUAUAUAUAUAUAUAUAUAUGAGAGAGAGAGAUUUAAUACAUUGUUAAGCACAAAUACACACACCAGUCAAGCCAUAAGACUUGCUUUUCACACAGAAAUCUCACUUUGACAGUGCUCUCACAACUGCAAGGGAUUCUUAAAGGACCACUAUAGGCACCCAGACCACUUCAGCUUAAUGAAGUGGUCUGGGUGCCAGGUCCAGCUAGGUUUAACCCUUUUUUUUUUUUUUAUAAACAUAGCAGUUUCAGAGAAACUGCUAUGUUUAUAAUAGGGUUAAUCCAGCCUCUAGUGGCUGUCUCAUUGAGGGCUUCCGCGCUUCUCACUGUGAUUUUCACAGUGAGAAGACGCCAGCGUCAAUAGGAAAGCAUUGUGAAUGCUUUCCUAUGGACUGGCUGAAUGCGCGCACGGCUCUUGCCGCGCAUGCGCAUUCAGCUGAUGACGGAAGAAGAGGGAGGAGAGGAGGACGAGCAGAACUCCCCGCCCGGCGCUGGAGAAAUUGGUAACACUAAAACUGCUUUAUUUAGCUAAAGUAACCCCUUCCUCCCCCCCAGAGCCCGGCAGGAGGGGGUCCCUGAGGGUGGAGGCACCCUCAGGGCACUAUAGUGCCAGGAAAAAGAGUGUGUUUUCCUGGCAUUAUAGUGGUCCUUUAAGCUCAGGUGGAAGGGGUUUUCAUCCACAGUUUUGUUUUUUUUCCCCCACCACAACUAUAUUGGUAUGUACUUUACAAGUAAUUCCAAGCCUCCAUAGCAAGCCAGUAACCAAUAUAAUGCUGAUGAGUUAACAACAAAACAGCUGUCCAUGAGUGGUUCACUGGUUUUGCUCCUCUUCCUGAGUUGGUUUCAAAGCCGAUGUACACUGCAGGCACAUAUUCCAAGGAAUCCAUGUAUAAAGUGAAAUUAUGAUGCAAAAAUGUGUUUCUUUGUUGAGAGCACUGUUAAAGUGAGAUUUCUGUUGGAAAAGCAAGUCUUAUGGCUUGACUGGUGUCUGUAUUUGUGUUUAGCAAUGUAUUAACUAUCCACUUACUUCAGGUGGAAGGGGUUUUCAUCCACACUUUUUUUUCCCCACCACAACUCCGUUGGUAUGUGUAUGUAUGUACACACACACACACAUAAAAUGAAAAAAUAGCUGAUAUGGACAAUUGUUAACCUGUUUUUGUUUAAUAUAUGUAAUUCCCUUGUCAGUUAUUUUUGUUAAGUGAAUAAACCCAUUUGAAGCACCCAAUUAGCUCAGUCUUAAAGGAACACUAUAGUCACCUAAAUUACUUUAGCUAAAUAAAGCAGUUUUAGUGUAUAGAUCAUUCCCCUGCAAUUUCACUGCUCAAUUCACUGUCAUCUAGGAGUUAAAUCACUUUGUUUCUGUUUAUGCAGCCCUAGCCACACCUCCCCUGGCUAUGAUUGACAGAGCCUGCAUGAAAGAAAAAAAAAAAACUGGUUUCACUUUCAAACAGAUGUAAUUUACCUUAAAUAAUUGUAUCUCAAUCUCUAAAUUGAACUUUAAUCACAUACAGGAGGCUCUUGCAGGGUCUAGCAAGCUAUUAACAUAGCAGGGGAUAAAAAAAUCUUAAUUAAACAGAACUUGCAAUAAAGAAAGCCCAAAUAGGACUCUCUUUACAGGAAGUGUUUAUGGAAGGCUGUGCAAGUCACAUGCAGGGAGGUGUGACUAGGGUUCAUAAACAAAGGGAUUUAACUCCUAAAUGGCAGAGGAUUGAGCAGUGAGGCUGCAGGGGCAUGUUCUAUACACCAAAACUGCUUCAUUAAGCUAAAGUUGUUCAGGUGACUAUAGUGUCCCUUUAAUAUGCAUUGUGGGUUGUGUAUACAUUAUUUUACUAUAGUGCAAAAUCCUAUUGUCUCUGCUGGCAGGUGGAUUGGCUGUAAAUGUUUUAGCAAACACACUGAAUGAAAGCUCUUCAGUCAAAGGUUCAUAGUAGCACAUUCAUAAUAUUUACGUAAAUGCUAGCUGGGAUAUACUACACUUUGGGCACAACUAUAUGUGUAAAAAGGCAGCCGUACUGACUCUUACUCAAGCUGCCUCUGUAUUAGUGACUGAUCAUGUAAUUGCACACUUGACUAUCAGAAUAGUCUCUUAGCAACUGACAGCUAGCAUCCACUGUCUGUCUGUGGUGUCAUUAUACCUAAUCUCUUCACAACUAACGCCAGAACACAGCGACAAUCGUACAUUUCUUCUUAUAUGUAUAAUAUGUAUAUAGGAUAAAUAAUGGCUGAACAUUUAUUACAGGAAAAUAGAGCCAUUCAAUGUCACCCGCCAUCCAGUAUAGAAUAUCAAAAAGUGAUAAACCCAUUGCAAUAAAAAUCACAUUCACUCUAUGGCAAAGCUUGCAUUGAAGUGAUUUGAAACGUGAGUCAAAACUUCACAUAGCAAAUUCUAUGUUAAGGCCAGCUUGCUUUUGCUUGUGCAAAUUGUACAGUAAAGUCAUGUACAUUUUGGUUUGUUUUUUUUCUUGUUGUUCGACUUCCCUUUAAAUUGGUGGUCAACUAAUUAGAAGUUUUCAAAUGCAAAACCUUUUUGUUAUUGUAUAGUUUUAGCUUUUCUACCUUCGAAAGAUAAAAUGUACGGUAUGGCUCUGUUAUCAAAGCUAUGUAUUUCCAAGUUUACAAGAUAACCGGUGUUACUGUUGGCAUGAUCAAUGUUUACGAGUGCUUAAUAUAUUUCUCCACAAAAACCUUAGAUUUUCUUAAACAAUGUAAAACAAAGACCAAAAAAAAAAAGACUAUUCAUGUGACCUGUAGAUACUGGAGUGCUGGAAAGUAUGUCUAGUAAACUAAGCAUCCCCUUCCUUUAUGGUCUGGAAAUUAGAAAAUGAUUGUAAGUGGCAAUUAAGUGGUUAUUUAUAAAGCUUGUCAAGUCUUGUCUUUUGUGUCUUAUUGUAUGUAAGAGAGGGCAUGAAAUAGUAGGCAGUUGUCUUUAGCAGUCAUUGAUCCUUCAUCAGUGCUCAUGUCUUGUGCUGACACAGCCCUUGGCUACUGGUGCAUGCACCAGGCAGAUGUUAUCGCCUCACCUCCAAGCACAUUCGCUUUAGUGAAAGGACCAUUUGUAUUGCAUACUAGUCAAAGCAAGUCAAAUACACAUCCUCUGUGUUAAAUAAUGAUUUAAAUGUAGCAAGGAACCUGAAUAUUGCAUUGAUUUUGCUCCUUUCCCUUUGUCCAAUGUUAUGUUCCUCAACUGGUAAAUACCAAACAAUGAAGUGUGCUGGUUGCAAACAGUAUUGAUUUUGCUCAGCUAUUUGAUUACAAAGUUUUAUUAACCCGUUGAUUGCUGGGGCGUGUGGUUUUGUAUUUUUUUUUUUUUGUACUGACAGUGAAGCCAGUUUUGAAAGUUUUGCCAUCUCCAGCUUAGAUACAUAUUAUUAAAUAACAUAUUGGACUUGUUUUGGAUACACAUAAAUAUAAUACUAUAAAAUGAAUAAAGUAAAACAAACAAAAUUAAUGUUUUGUACCAAUUUUGAAUGUACGCCAUAUUACUUUAAAAUUUUUAAUAAGAGUGUGCCAUUGUUUUAACCCCUUAAGGACGGAGCCAAAUGUACACGUUGUGAACAAAACAAAAUGUAAACAAAACCUGGCAUUUGCGCUACAUGUACAUCUUUCAUAGUAAAUGCACCCACCCUUAAUAUAUAUCAUUUUAUUCAGGGGAAACAGGGCUUUCAUGUAAUAUCAAAUAUUUAGCUAUGAAACAUAAUUUAAUAUGAAAAAAAUGGAGGAAAAUAAGAUUUUUUUUAUUUUUUUAGUUCUACAUGACAUUUUAACGGUCAAUGUCAUAAUACUUUUUACACAUAUUUGUAUUCAGUAAAGUCUCACGUUGAAUUGAAGUGUACAGGUUUUAUGGCGUUUUGGGAAGUUACAGGGUCAAAUAUAGCACGUUACAUUUGAAACUGAAAUUCGCCAGAUUGGUUACGUUGCCUUUGAGACUGUAUAGUAGCCCAGGAAUGAAAUUUACACCCAUAAUGGCAUACCAUUUGCAAUAGUAGACAACCCAAGGUAUUGCAUAUGGGGUAUGUCCAGUCUUUUUUAGUAGCCAUUUGGUCACAAACACAAAUAUUUGUGUUUCAAAACAGUAAAAAGUAUCGCAGCAAUAAUAUCGUCCGUGUAAGUGCUGUUUGUGCGUGAAAAAUGCAAAAAACUUCACUUUUACUGGCGAUAUCAUCAUUGUAAUACAUUUUACUGUCUUGAAACAGUAAUAUUUGUGUUCAGCGAAGUCUUCCGAGUAGAACAGUACCCCCCAUGUACAGGUUUUAUGGUGUCUUGGAAAGUUAUAGGGUUAAAUAUAGUGCUAGCAAAUAAAAUUCCCUUUACUUUCAGCAUGGGUUGUCAGGCAGGUCCCGCUAAUUGUAAUUAAUUAAGAUACCUAAUUAUGUAAAAAUAUUACAUAAAUAUAUAUGUAGAAUUAAUAUAUGUGUGUGUGUGUGUAUAUAUAUAUAUAUAUAUAUAUAAUUUUAAAAAAAUAUUUUUAUUUAUAUAUAGGUGUGUGUGUGUGUGUAUAUAUAUAUAUAUAUAUAUAUAUAGUGAUAUAUAUUAUAUAUGUAUAUAGAUAUAUAUAUUUUGUUCUACGUGUAUUUUGAUUGAUAUAUAUAUAUAUUUCACAAUACAGUUAAACGAAAUAAAACACAUCUAUAUAUUUUUUUUUUUAAUUUUAUUUUUUAACGUAUUUACAUUUUUUUAUAUUAUAUAUAAAUAUAUAUAUAUAACAAUAAUUAUAUAUAUUUAAUCAGUAUCAGUCUACGUGUAAUUUGAUAUUUAUAUAUAUAUAUAUAUAUAUAUAUAUAUAUAUAUAUAUAUAUAUAUAUAUAUAGUAAAAUACACCUAGACAGUGUGUGUAUGUAUAUGUGUAUAUAUAUAUAUAUAUAUAUACACUUAGAUCAUAUAUAUAUAUAUAUAUUCUUAUUUUUUUUACACUAUUUAUUUUAUUUAAUUUUAUUUUCAGCCAGCAGGGGGACCACCUGUCAUUACAGGCAGCCCCCCUGCUGGCAAUGCAGGAGGCAGCUACCCCCUCGCAAGGAUCCCACUCUCACAUGGCCGGGGGGCUUCCAGGACGUCAGAGGUGCCGCGGAGGCCUCCCUGGGAGUCCCCCGAACCGCGAUCGCCGGCGUGGGAUCGCCGGCGACCAGGUAAGUAGGAAAAGACUGGAGGGCAUACUAUUACACCCGGCGGCAUUUAGAGCCGCUUAGAAUAGGGCGUAACAGUACACCCUCUGGUCUUAAGGGGUUAAAACUCAAAUCUUUCAAGAUUUGAUAUACUGGUGUGUUAGUGCAAUAGUAGUCUCUAAGCUCAAAACCACAAACCAAAACUUUUUUUUUUUUUUUUUAACUAGUAUUCUCGACACUAUACUUCUGAUGUGGCAUUUCAGGUGGCAAAAUGUUGCUCUGCACCAAUCAGCAUCUCCUCAUAGAGAUGCAUUGAAUCAGUGCAUUUCUAUGGGGAAUGUUACAUACAUAGUUACAUAGCUGAAAAGAGACUUGCGUCCAUCAAGUUCAGCCUUCCUCACAAAUGUUGUUGCUCUUGAUCCAAAAGAAGGCAAAAAACCUGGUCUGAAGCGCUUCCAAUUUUGCCACAAACUAGGAAAAAAUUCCUUCUUGACCCCAAAAUAGCAGUCAGAUGUCUCAUUGGAUCAAGCAGCUAUUACCCCACUAAUUAGAAAUUAUAUCCCUCUAUGUUAUGUUUUUGUAAGUAUUUAUCCAAUUUCAGUUUAAACAUCUGUAUGGACUCUGACAAAACCACCUCUUCAGGCAGAGAAUUCCAUAUCCUUAUUGUUCUUACUGUAAAAAAACCUUUUCUUUGCCUUAGAUGAAAUCUCCUUUCUUCCAGCCUAAAUCUGUGACCUUGUGUCCUAUGUAUAGCCCUGUUUAUGAAUAGAUUUCCAGAUAAAGGUUUGUACUGGCCCCGAAUAUAUUUGUAUAAAGUUAUCAUAUCCCCUCUCAGGUGCCAUUUUUCCAAACUAAACAGAUUUAAUUUUUUUAACCUUUCUUCAUAACUAAAAUGCUCCAUUCCUUUUAUCAAAUUUGUAGCUCGUCUCUGGACCCUCUCCAGUGCCAUGAUAUCCUUCUUUAGAACAGGCGCCCAAAAUUGCACAGCAUAUUCAAGGUGUGGUCUUACCAGCGAUUUAUAAAGAGGCAGAAUUAUAUUUUCAUCCCGAGAAUUUAUGCCCCUAUUUAUACAUGACAAAAUCUUACUGGCCUUAGCAACUGCAGAUUGACAUUGCAUAUUGCUGCCUAAUUUGUUGUCUAUAACAAUUCCCAAAUCCUUCUCGUGUGUGGUUAUCCCUAAUUCACUACUGUGACGAGACCAAUCUCGCCACAUUGCAUUGGAGAAGCCUGGUUGCUCGCCUGCUGCCUUUGGACUAUGGCCCCCUGUUAAAAGACAUCUUUUUUUUACCUGCAGAAAAGCUUCAUUCGUGCUUUUCUGCCUGGGGUUCUUACCCCAGAUAGGAAUCCCAUGGAGCCCAUUCGUAUGAAACUGACUGUAAAGACUUUGGCUCCAUGGCGAUUAAACUGUAUUCGUGUGGUCUGAGCGCCAUUCGCUUAAUAAUGUGCGCUCGGACCUGAGCUAUCUGGGGAUAUGUUACAUGUCUGUGUUUUAUGUAAUAAAUGUGACUUUAUGUAUUUUUAAAGUGUUUUGUGUCUUUUUGCAACCAUGUGCUUAAUGGAGUCUUGUGUCUGUCCUGGGAGAUAAUUGAAUUACUCUCCAGGAUAGAAGACUCUGAAACUGGUUUGGGCCAGAAAGCCAUGCUUCAUUUAGUCACAAAGGACUUUUUACUAACUUUUGAACCCCUUGUCUGAUUUGUGCCAUUUUUUAAUAUGUUGCUCCCCUGAAUGGAUUGAUUCCAAAUAUGUAAUUUUAUGUGAAUGUGAUGUAUGGUUUUAGAGUUAUGAAAGUUGGGUAGAAAGUAUGUUUUAACUGUAUGUAUAAUUGGGUUUCCUCUCAGGAUAAGGGGAGGGAAUAUGUGGGAUGUAACUGUGAUGUGAUUGGUUGUUUUAUACCUCCCUGUGGGCGGUCCUGUAUUUGCAAGACUGUAAUAAAAACCAGGCUGGGUGUGCCAGCACCUCAGACCACUGCUUGACCCUCAACACGGAGCCUUGUCUCGUUCUUGGGGGAUUCACUGUAUGCUGUUAGAGACUGAUUGCCAGGAGUGUAAGCUGAUUGUCUGCUUUUCCUGUUCGUCUGCUAGCAGCUAUUUGGGAGGUUCCAGUUCGGGAGUUGGAGUGCUAUUUUGUAUCCAGUUCGGGAGUUUUGGUGUUCUGCAGUAGCUGUGCCUGGAUCUCUGGAAAGGGGGCCGAUCGCCUAAACGGUUUUUACCCCUUGUGUGCAAAACGGUCCGUUACAACUACCAUUUAGUGUGUAAGUUGCUCGUGCAUUCUUAACCCCGAAGUGCAUAACUUUGCAUUUCUCUAUGUUAAAUUUCAUCUGCCAUUUUAGUGCUCAGUCCCCCAAUCUAUCCAAAUCUCUCUGCAGCAAAGCAAUAUUCUGCUCACAUUUUAUUACUUUACAAAGUUUUGUGUCAUCUGCAAACACUGAUACAUGGCUUUCAAUGUGUAUUUCAAGAUCAUUUAUAAAUAUGUUAAAUAGAAGUGGUCCCAAAACAGAACCCUGAGGGACACCACUUACCACUUUUGUCCACUCUGAAAAUUUACCAUUAAUUACAACUCGUUGUACUCUAUCCUUAAGCCACUGUUCUACCCAAGAACAAGAAUAUUCAUCUAGACCAAUUUCUUUUAGUUUGAAGACUGACCUAUUGUGAGGAACCGUAUCAAAUGCCUUGGCAAAAUCCAAGUAGAUCACAUCCACUACAACACCCUGAUCUAUACUUCUACUUACUUCUUCGUAGAAUGCAAUUAGGUUAGUUUGACAUGACCGAUGUUUUAAAAAACCAUGUUCAGCAGAUGGCCGUGAGCAGAGUGACUGCCACUAGAGUCACCAAUGUAAACACUACCUUUUCUCUAAAAAGACAGCAUUUACAUUGAAAAGCCUGCAGGGACAGGCUAUAGACACUUGAACCACUUCAUUAAGCUGUAGUGGUUCUGGUGACUAUAGUGUCCCUUUAAGAAGUAAACGCUACAAGAUAUUUUCUGUAAGAUUAUGGGUCUUAAUAUGUGGUCAUUUCAUCACAAAUUGCUAAAGCUUGUAGUCGAAUAUUUUCCCAUUUAUUUGUGAAAUGUGCCAGUAUAAGAUUAUAAUCCACGUUUUUACAUUCUGCAAAAUCAGGGGUAGGCAACCUUUUAGUAGUACUGUGCUAAAACAAGAUAUUGACGUCUCUUGGCGUACCAGUCCUGUAUUUUUAAAUUGAGGUGUGUGUUUUGCUGUAUUCUGCUUGUGUUAUUUAUUGUUCCUGCAGUUGUUUAACAUUGUGUUUGUGUGAACGUGGGCUUUUAUAUUUUAUAGUAUCAUGAGUAGUUUGUGUUAUUGUAUAUGAUACCUAUGAAUGUGAGCUGUGUAUGGGGGCUACGUGUGGAAUUGUGUGUGUGUGUGUGUGUGUGUGGAUAAUAUGUCACAUAUAGUCUAUUCUGUAGUGUGUUUAGGUGUGGUAUUGCAUGUGAGAUGCUGCUUGAGUGCCAUGCCAUUGGGUGCCGACCCCUUUUCUAGAAGUUAGAUGGCCUGUUAUAAGACAUGUGCAUACAAGUUUCUGGGUCAGUAUCUGAGGUUUAACAAUGCAUAAUUUCAUAUUUUAUGAAGUGUGUGUGUAUAUGUAUUGUCUUGUUGUGACACAAAAUAACUUCAAUUAAAAAGAUUGGGUCCCCUGACAAGAGCCCCGUACAUUGACCUGGCUAUUUGCUGUUAAAGUACUGUUAUGCUUCAUCUGCACAUCCUCCUUGGACACAUUAGAGGGACACUGUAGGCACCAGACCACUUUAGCUCAUUGAAGUGGCCUGGGUGCAAACUCCCAUCACCCUUAACUUUGAGCAUGUAAUUAUUGCAGUUUUUAUAAACUGCAAUAAUUACCUGCUAGCGUGUUAACUCUUCCUCUAGUAGCUGUCUACCAGAGAGCCACUAGAGGGAAGUCCGGGUGGUUAGGCGACUUUAGGUUGCCUAAACGACACUGGACGUCCUCACGCUAUGCAUGAGGACUUCCAGCGUCACCAAAAUCCUCAUAGGAGAGCAUUGAAUAAUGCUUUCCUAGGGGAAACUCUAAUGCGAGCACCACCAUUGAGGAGCGUGGGCGGAGGUAAGUGACAGAAGGGGUUAUUAACCCCUUUUGCAUCUGCGCCGGCGGAGGGCUUGACAGAGGGGGGAGCUUAAAGGGACACUAUAGUCAGCAAUAUAACUUUAGCUUAAUGGUUCAGUUUUGGUGUAUAGAUCAUGUCCCUGCAGUCUCACUGCUCAAUUCUCUGCCAUUUAGGAGUUACAUCACUAUGCUUAUGCAGUCUAGCCACACCUCCCUGCAUGUGACUUACACAGCCUUCCUAAACACUUCUGUAAAGAGUCAUCUAGUUUAUACUUCCUUUAUGGCAAAUUCUGUUUAAUGUAGCAUUUCUUAACUCCUGCUCUGUUAACAGCUUGCUAGACCCUGCAGGAGCCUCCUGUAUGUGAGUAAGUUCAAUUUAGAGAGCUGAUAAUGCAAAAUUGUAAUGCCAGUUACGAUCUGAUUGAAAAAAAACAUUUAAACAAAUUAUACAGACUGUGUGAGUCACAGCCAUGGUAGGUGUGACCAGGACUGCAUAAACAGAAACACAUGUGAUUUAACUCCUAAUUGGCAGUGAAUUGAGCACUUAGACUUCAGAGGCAUGAUCUAAACAUAAAAACUGCGUUAUUAAGCUAAAGUUGUUUUGGUGACUAUAGUGUCCCUUUAAAUCACAAAAUUCAAAAGUUUUAGGUUGAUAGAACUUGGCUUACAACAGUGCCUGAAUCGAACUUCUUGCAUGCUGGCACCAUCCAGGUGGCGAGCUAUCAAAGGUCUUGUCAUCCACGUUUAUUUAAUGGGAAAUGUUUCUUAUAUAUUUGAAAAAAUUAAAAAGUGCUCAUAAUUGUGACAAUCACUAGGUUUUCACUCUGUAGAAAUAAGCACAAAAUGUUGCAGUUUGCGUCUAUUGUAGCAACAAAAUACAGAUAGAUUAUGCUUGUUUAAAGUGAAUCUAUACUAAUUCUGCACAUUUUAUGCAGACAAUAUUUUACUGUCAGUUUAUGGCUAUUGAUAGACACACCAGGGCAUCCUUGUCAGCUCAUAGAAUUGUAUGACACCAAGGUCAGAGGCUCACUGCUGAUUCUCUUUAUGUUUAUUGGCAUUUCUAUCAGUCUUUUGGAUGGAGAUGUCAAGGAAUCCAUUGCCUCUCUUCUGGGAUGCUUUUGGGUCUCUUUGCUUUUGACCUGGCUUUCCAAUCUCUUUGAACUUAACCAUUCUCUCAAACAAAUGCCCUCUUUAGAAAACCCCUGCCAAACUAAAAGGUGGAAGUGUCUCUGGAGAAAAAGGAAUCAUCCACAGUGACAUACAUUUAGGCUUUUAAUGAUUUUUUUUUUUUUUUUUAAGACUAGACUAUGCAGCAAUCAAUGACUGGUUAUCUGGGGACUCAUUAAGUUGAAUUUGUAAGUGAAACCUUAGGCUGUACUGUAAGCAAUGCAUUUGAUGUCCCAAUUGACCCCUUUUUCUAUCCCCUUUUCCCAUUUCUUUGGUGGACUUUUUUCAAAUGGCAGCAAACAGCACUAUUAAGCAUCCUUAACUUUUGCCCGGAACUGCAGUACCUUAACCUUGGCAGCUGUGUAUUGGUGAGUACAAUGUCUACAUAACACACAAAAUUAAAUAUUUAUACACACUUAUAGUAAGUAAUCAUUAAUGUAUUUAUAAAAAGUUCAACUAUGCUUCAUAGGACGCCAGAUCCCCACCAGAUAGCUGCUAGUAAAUGUAUCCAUCUGUUUUUGCUGCAUAUGACGCCUCCCCAUAGUCCCGUGGUCCUUUGCCUGCAUCAGCAGUGCAUUGUAAUAAGGUGCCUGAAAGCAAACGGUUAAUAUACUGCAUGACACCCAUUCACUACAUAGAGAUGACAGGGUUUUUAUGAAGAUACCUACACUGACUAAGUUCUUGCUGUAAUGGCACAUGUGCAAACUUUGCUUGAGACCUGAGCAGGGCCUAAUCAAAGGGCAAGCUAUUUAACUUUUGACCAUUCUCAGUAUUCUCAUAUCUUCCAUAGAUUCUUUGCUCAUUCUUUCUAGGGAGGUAUCGGUUACGGUUAACUAAACGAUCAUCCAAGGCCAGCUUUUUAGAUCUGAGCUGUCCUUGUGGGUACGGUCAGUCUGAUAUGCCCAGACACCUGAGUAAGGACUAGCAUAAGGGCAGGCUGUUACAUUUUUGUCCUUUUUCAGUGUUCUAUCUUCUGUUUGUUUUUGUUUCGAUAUACUCAUCUAAUGUAAAUGGAAUUUCCUUCUGUACAUCUUACUUGGUGAUAAUCUCUAUCAUGCUAGCUUUUUAGAUAAGAAUAUAUUUAUGUGUUGUUAUUUUUGUAUUAUUAAUUUCUAUAUUGAUAGAUUGAAGAUUAUGAUCUAGUAGCUGGGGUCAUUGGAGCCAAGUGCAAAAAACUGAGAUAUUUGGACCUGUGGAGAUGUAAAAACAUUACCGAGAGAGGAAUAGCUGAAUUGGCUUCUGGCUGCCUGCUCCUUGAAGAACUUGAUCUUGGGUGGUGUCCUACAUUACAGAGUGCUACUGGAUGCUUUGUAAAUCUUGCACGGAAACUUCCAAGGUUGCAAAAGCUUUUUCUCACAGCUAACAGGUCUGUGUGUGACACUGACAUAGAGGAAUUAGCAGCUAAUUGUCAGCAUCUUCAGCACCUUGAUAUAUUAGGUAAGGAAUAUAAAACCAUAUUUUCUAUAUAAAAUGUCAUAAUUUGAUGGUUUGAAAUUCUGCCUUUUAUGACAUCUAUGUGAUUUAAAAGAAAAUGGUCAAUGUACAAACAAUAUUUGCAGGAGUUUUCAGCCUCUGUUAACCACUGGCAGUCCGGAAUCAUUUUAGUUUUCUCAUUAAACGUCACAGCGCUAAACCAGUUUCAUGGGAGAAAAAAAAAGAGAUUUGUGCGAAGCUUAAAUUAACAUUUUUGUUCUCUAUUAACAGAAGCAGAGGGCACAUUAAUAAAGAGCUUGCUAUGUCUAAUAUAUGUUAUAUAUGCAUUUCUAUUAAAUUGAUGAGGAAUUAUAUAAUGAAAAUAAAUGAAUACCAGAAUCAGAAAAGGGCAUGUACUGUAAUAUAAACAAAAUAGUGGUAGAAAAUCUUAACUACUUCCCAACGCUACGCGGUUUUACAAUAGUAGGGUGGCAUAGCACGCCCUGCGAUCUGGCCCUCCCUCCAGCCCACCUUUUUACAAAGUAUGUGGAUCGCGAUUGGGGGACCUUCCCAACAAUCCAGGUAGUCCCCCUGCAGCCAACCCAGCUGGCACCUCAGCUCAGUGACAGCCUGUUGCAAUGUCUGGUUUGUAACAUCGGCUGAGAAAAUGUUCUAUGCCCCUCUCUUUCCUCACUUUGAUCUGAGGCAAAAGAGGCAGAUAGAUCAUUACUACAGUGUGUGGAAAAAGUGUGGGCGGGAUCCAUUUUAUUUUAACCAUUUCAAUUCUGAUCACAGUAUUAAAUAUAGUAUUAAAUAUUUAGAGUCACAAAUAAUUUCUUUUUUGACCCUUUUUUGUCAACUACAGCAGUUUUUAAACAUUUUAACCCCAACAGUAAAUACAGCAAUUUUAUUUUAAUCUUUGGAUUUGCUGUAGGGAUUUGGGGAUGGGUGAGGAAGUGGGAAUUAGGCAAUUAAAUUUAAAAUCCCCCUAAGAUGGCACUCUGUUAUACUGGCAAGCUCAGACAGUGACAUUAUGAUAGCCACUAAGCAACUCCUCAUUGCUGGUGCCCCACCAUCAUCUACAAGAAGACACUUAGGAAGCCCUGCGGUGCCAGAUGAAAGCUGUGUACGCCCAAGCUUUACUGCCAGGAAAAUAGCCCCAUUCAUAGCAACACCUGACAUCAGAACUGUAGAUUUUUGUAAGCCAGUGAACUAUUGUAGGCUAGCCUAUUUAAUAUUUAGUUUUACCACCUUGCUCUAAAAGGUCUGCACUCCCUGCCAUCCAUUAUAUAUAAAUGAGAUUUGCUGUGAAAAAAACACAAAAGCUAAUAUACCAAAUGUGGCCAGCAUUUGUGAUAAAGUGGCUAUACCAAACAACUUAAAACAUUGGGAAUACCUUGGAUUGCUUACUUUAAAAAAUGAUAUGCCAUCAUAGGGUCUUUUUCUUUGCUGGGCUGCUAUACUGCCUCAAAGGUGCCAUAAAAUCUCUCUACCUAGUUGAAAAGGGCAUCUAAUGUAUUUGGCCCUGUGACUUUUCCCCAAAAAAAACUGGAAAACCAGUACAUAGGGGGAAUUGUUGGUGAUUAUGAAUUGUCCUGUAUCAAAAAUGGAUUUCAUGUGUGUGAAUAAAGGCAAAUAAAAGUUCCUUGGAUACAAAUAAAAAGUAACACCACUAAAUGGGGCCUGCAUUUGUGAUGAAGCGACUACUUUGUCUUGUAUUUAAAAAAUAAAGACUACUCAAAAUAUAACAUUUGGAAUCAUCUGUGUUGCCUACUUUUGAAAAUGGCAUGCCAUAAUGGUGGAAAUGUUAUUACCAAGGCUGCCAUACUCUUUCAAAGGCGACAUAAGCCUAGAAAAUCACUUGAGUGUUGAGUGUUCUAGAGCAGGAAAACAUAUGACGAUAUAAUCAGUGAAAUUUCAGUUUUUGUGUGAACAAUUGAAAAAACAAAUAUGAACACUAACUUUGGCCAGGGGCUGUGUCUAAGUAGCUACUAAAAAAAACUGGACAUACCCCAUAUGAAAUACCUGGAUUGUCUACUCUUGAAAAUGGUAUGCCAUGAUGGGGGUAAAUCUCAGUCCUGGGCUGCCAUACAGUCUCAAAGGCAGCAUAAGUCCAGCAAUCUGGCGAAUUUUUAUGUGUAAAAACUGAAAUGGGCCAGCUCUUUAUUUGACUCUGUAACUUUCCAAAACCCCAUAAAACCUGUGUAUGGGGGGCAUCGUUGUACUUGUGGGAGAUAACGACAUAAUAUUUGUAAUUUUUUUUGCAGUCAAAGCUAACAGUAUUAUGGCAUUCACAGUUAAAACACCAUUAUUUUAACUAUGUAGUCUUUGAAUUUGUAUCUAUAAACCUGUAAGAUAAGCCUACAUAAUAUAUUUGCUAGUUUUGGCUAUUCACAAACUGUCUAACAACUGAAUCUUACUUAUUUUUUGAUCCAGUGCCCCUGAUACAGACUGGGGGAAUUGCACUCAGAGCCUUAAGCCUCCCUUAGUCUACAUAACUCUGCCUAAAUUCCUCCCUUUUUCUUUGUUCAAUACCAUAAGCCCUACUCUUACCUUGGAGGCGUCUUAUAUAUUUAUUGAACAUUUUGGUUAAAUUCUGGUACAGUUUAUCUGGAACUAUUAUCAAACGAAUUUCACAGAUACGGGGAGAUAUGUUUGAAUAUAACAGGGACUCAUUCAUCUCAGUGCUGUUUCAGUUCGAUUGAUAGUGAAAAUCAGAAGGAAGUUGGGAUAGAUGUCAAUCUUUUGAUAAUUAUAUCAUGGGGGACAUCCAUUCCUGAUGGAUCAGACUGCUUGAUUUUGUCUUGUAUUUAAAAAAUAAAGACUAUUCGUUGUCAAAGCCUGGGUACUUGAACUGUCUCUUUACAGUAACACUAAGUACCAAAACCACUACACUACAUAGACCCUGUAAAACAGUGCUGAUUCAGAGAAGUGGAUUGGUAGAUAUUGCCGUGAAUGCGCCAUAGGUCUCUAAUGCAUUGGAUUGGACAUAGAUAACAUCGAUGAUCUCAAAAGAGGCUAAGUGGCUGCUAAGAGAGACUUUCAAGUUUAUUAGCAUUUUUUUUUUUUGUAUUGAUAAUUUUAGAAGAUGGAGCCAGUUAAUCCAAAUCAUUAAAGGAACAUAAUAAGGUUAAAUUAAUGAUAUUUAUUUUUAGCCCUAGUGUUUUUUUAAAAUACACAAACUGUUGGACCUUUUAGAGUAUUGAGUAAAUGAUUUAAAUUGACUAUAAAUUUACAUAUAAUUAAGUAUAUAUGUUUGUGUAAAUGAGUGUUAAAUAUUGUGUAUAUAUGUAUAUAUAUUUUAUGAUAUUUUUUUUUUUUCUUCUAGGUACAAGGAUGGUAAGUGCUGCAGCUUUACGCAAGUUGCUGGAGUCUUGUAAAGGACUUUCCUUGCUUGAUGUUUCUUUCUGUUCACAAAUUGAUAGCAGGGUUGUCCAAGAACUAACUUCCAGGUUUCCAAAUGUAUCCAUAAAAAAGAGUUUUACGCAGUGAAUUCUGCUCGUUACUUACAACCCAGUUCUUCCGGCUUUACAUUCUUGCGAGAUAAAUCUGCUGUCCUGGAAUCUGUAUGCCGUUUAAAAAAAAUAAUAAAAAAAAGUGUAAUACAAAAUGUUUGCUGCUUGAGGACACAAUUCCCUCUAUUGAGUGCAAUUUUUAAAUAAACUUUUAUUUUAUUUUAUUUUGCUUGGAGGACGGAAGUUUCAUUUUUGAGCCAACUAUGGCAGGCACACUCAGAAGAAAAUACUUUAUUUUAGUACUUACGUUUUCUAGUUGGAUAUCAAUUGUUUAUUAUUCCAAAUAAAGGAAACCUGUUAAUAUUUUUUUCCAUUAGUGACCUUUGAUGAGAUUGUUAUUCAGCCUCAAACAUAGCAGGUAGGCAGUGUACAAUGUACUUUGCAUAAAUUCCCAUUUCACUUUGUAAGAGGCAUUUGUUUAAAAAAGAAAUGCUGUAUUUAUUUUGGAUGUGUUGGGGGGAUCACUAGCCAUUUAAAAGCCAUCCAUUUUCCUGUAUGACUUCUGACUUUACAAAAGACCUCUUGUCUUUCCACAUAUAACUAGCGCUACUGUGCAAUUUGUCGCUUACCUUACAUUCUACAGCUCUUUCAUGAGUUUUUUUUUUUUACAAGUUUAGACAUGGGUAUUAUGUCAGUCAACGUCUCUCCAUUUAACCCCAACCCCAGACAUAUUCUCCUUACCCUUGUGUUUCUUCCUCCUAGGUUGUGAGCUAUCUUGAUCAGGGCCUUCUUUGCUUGUUGUAUCUGUUGAAAUUAUUUUGUCAGAUGCCUGCUGUUGUACAUCACUGUUGUAUAAAUGUUAAGCACUGUGGAUUAUGUUGGCACUAAUGAUGUUAAUGAAUUACCAAGCUGGUUUGCCAUAUGAACCGAUUAAGAGCAGUCUUCUAAAAUAAGCUAUUGCGCAUCAAAUGAGAAAAUACAAAUUGAAAUAGCUGUAUAUAGGGCCAAGGAAAUGUAAAAGAUGGUUUAUUAUAGACGAAGAAUGUAACUAAAUUUUGUCUGAAUUUGUGCAGUCUGUUAUAACUAACAUGAAUAUAUAACUGUCCGAUAGUAGCAACCAUCAUUUAUAUAUAUAUAUAUAUUAUAUAUAACCGUAUAUUUUCACAAGGCAGACAAUAUGUAGCAAACUAAAAAGAAACGAUGAAUGAAAUAUUUCCGAUUUUAGAUAAGAUCCUCAGGGUGUUUUGGUUCAUACAUCAUACCCAUACCAAGUGUUCCUCGACAGUAAUGUUUAUUUAAAUGAGAGAUAACAUUUAGAUAAAAUAUGUAUUUCUGAAUUAUGGUUAAUGCUUUUUGUAUAAUCUUGUUGCUAUAGGGAGUCUGCAUUUUAUUGGAGACAAAUGACUUCCAUUAGUUUGUUCUUUCCUGUGCAUGUUUUCAUCUCACACCAUGAUUUAAGCUACAGCCACAGCACCGCAAUCUUUAAAUGAGCCAAGCAUUCCAUUUGUAUAUAGGAUCUUUAAAGGUUGGUUUGUUAUGAUGGAUUUCUUUUUUUGUCAUCGGUCCUUCAAGGAGCACUCGAAGCACCAUAACUGCUACAUCCCCUUAUCAUUUAUCUAUCUAUCCAACCAAUAGGCAAAGCGGGACCAAUGCAGGACCAAACUUAUUUGGCAGGCUGCUUUGCUCUAUAAAGACAUCCGCUUCUGCUACUGGAGAAGACCAGAUCAGGACACUUUGCUGGACCCCAUUAAGUUGUCAAACUGUGAUAGAACAGUUUGAGCUCUUACAAUGCAACAACUCAGCGGUACUCCUGAUACUGUAGCCCCUGCAGCAAGUUGUAGUGUUUAUGGUGCCUGGAUUGUUCUUUAAAGGGGUUUAUUCACAGCGUUUUGCAGUACUAAAUGCAUAACCAAUUAAAUAAUUUUUGGAAACAUUUUAUCUUUUCUUGGUUAAAGGGGCACUAUAGUCACCAGAACAACUACAGCUUAUUGAAUUUAUUCUGGUGAGUAGAAUCAUUAUCUCCAGGCUUUUUGCUGUAAAAACUGUCUUUUCAGAGAAAAUGCAGUGUUUACAUUACAGCCUAGUGAUAACUUCACUGGCCACUCCUCAGAUGACUUUUAGAAAUCCUUCCUGGGUCAUGGCUGCCUAAAAUGCAUCCAAACAUUCAGUGUCUCCUCCCUCUGCAUGCAGAUACUGAACAUUCCUCAUAGAGAUUCAUUGAUUCAAUUCAUCUCUAUGAGGAGAUGCUGAUUGGCCAGUGUUGUGUUUGAAUCAUGCUGGCUCUACCCCUGACCUGCCUCUUUGUCAGUCUCAGCCAAUCCUAAGGGGAAGCAUUGUGAUUGGAUUAGGCUACCACUUCUGAUGAUGUCAACAGACUGCUUGUUUUUUUUUUGUUGUUUUUUUUAGGCAAACAGCAUGCAGAUCUACAGCUCCUGGCUUGAAUACAGUAAUAUUUUGCUAUAUUUAUGGAGGCAUGUGGGGCCCAGAGGAGGGCUAGAUGGUGGUUUUAACACUAUAGGGUCUGGAAUACAUGUUUGUGUUCCUGACCCUAUAGUGAUCCUUUAACCCCUUAAGGACCAAACUUCUGGAAUAAAAGGGAAUCAUGACAUGUCACACAUGUCAUGUGUCCUUAAGGGGUUAAAGUUCAUAUUAAGUCAUUACAAUGCAUUAUAAUCCCAAUAAUAUAAGAUUAUUAGGGUUAAAUUUAAUUUUACACGUACUUAUCUGUUCAUCAUUGAGUGAAAUGCAUUGAACAUAGUUUAUUUAGCAGGUUAUUCACUAAGCACCAAACUAUUGUGAAUUGAAAAUCUAAUUGCACAUUUUUGUUUACAAUAAGAAAGGGGUGUCUGUAGAUAAUUUGCACAUUUUGACUAAAUUUGGUAAUGUGGUUUUCAGUUCAUUUCAAUUUAGAAUUUAGUGAAUAAGCUUCCUGGUGUGUUAAGUAUUUACAAUCAUCAAUGUCUGUUCAAUGAUUAUAAAGCAGUACUGCAGUGUUCUCAUGAUGAAAAUAAAUGACAUUGAACAUAAACUGUAAAGAAAAAAAUGCCUUAGGUAAAACUGUAAACAUAAAGUAUUCAAAUACUUCAAAGGGGACAAUCUGAUCACCAUAAUCACUACAUCUUAUUAUGCAAGUAUUUGGGUGCAUUCACACUGAUUUUGGUUUAGAACAUGGAUUUUGUCAAACAGUUGGGUAAGACCUAGGACUGCACCCAAGAACUCCUUCACCCAAACACAUAAGUUGUAUGGUUAUAUUGCUUAUAGUGUCCACAACGCAGCCAAGAAUAAGAAACGACAAUGAGACUACGCUAGCAAUGUGUAACAUAUAUGGUGUAGUGCAACAGGAUUGAAUUUGUACUUUAAUAUUCUUUUUAACGUUAUCUAUUGGCAAAAUAAAAAUAAAAAAAUUAAACAAA